AUGAAAGCACUGCAUUUGACCAAGAAAGAUCUUCAAAAUGGCACGGAAAAACUCUAUCAGACAGUUGUUAGUGCAAAAAUUCAAGAAAAGAGCAUGAGACAAAGGGAGCCCAUGACAGAAGGAGAAAUUCAUUAUGACGACUUACUCCAGACUUUACAGGAUGGUGAGGUCAUUGUCCACACACAGGGGGUAUGUGAACUUCAAGAGAGAAUACAAGACAACCAGAAAUGUGAAGAGGUAAUUACUAAAAGAAUGGCAAUGCUUUUGGAGCAGGAACAGAUAAAUAAAACACAGGAAGCAUUCUUAAAUGAGAAACCUGAUUUGCUGGACCCCAAGUUAAGUAAUGGAGUGCAAGAUAUUGAAUAUUUCAGUGGAGAUAUGAGUGACUUCAUGGAACAGGAAAGCCUAAAGCAGGAGGCAGAACUAAAAAGAAGAGUCCAGGAAUUUCAAGUACAACGAGAGAUUCAGAGGCAGGGGUUUCAGGCACUAGAUGAAGAGAGACAAAGCUUAGAAUCUACAUUUCAAGGACAAAUCCAACAACUCCAGACAAGAGAAUAUGAGAAGAACAUCCAAGAGGCAGUUCUACAACAAAAAUCUCAAGUGGCACAGGAAAAGGAGAUGGAUUGGCAGGUAGAAGUAUUAGCUUUUAAAUAUGAAAUUCUACAGCUUCAGGCAAAAGAGGUAAUGAGGCAGAUAAUGGAGAGAUCGCCAAAAGAAAAUAUUAAGGAGUUUCAAGUACAAGACAGACAACAACAACUACUGCAGGAGGAAGCAUUAGGAAAACAAGUUGAAGAGCUUCUUGAAAAAGAACAGGCAAGUCAAGCAGAGGAGCUUACAGUAAGAGAAAAUGAGGCUCAUCUAAAUGCUGUGCUGCAAGAGCAAUAUGUAAAUAUGAUUAAAAUCCAGCAAGUGCAAAUUAAGGAUCUUCAGCAACAUGUUACAGAAAUGGAGUCUCAAGAAUCUAUAUUAAGGACCAGAAUUCAAGAACUUCUAGAAGAACAGCUGAUGAGUCAAACUCAGUUAAGGAUGCUGAAAGAGAGCAAAAAUAAUUUAAGAUUACUAUUGGAAGAAAAGGAUCAAGAGAUAGGAAUUCUGCACGAUAAAAUUUCAGAACUUCAGGAACAGCUGAGGGAGAGCCUGUGGAAGAAGGCAGUAUUGAAAUUAGAUAUUUGUGUAUUUCAGGAUCAGGACACAGUGAGGCAGAGAUGGGAAACAAAUCUGAGAAAGGAAAUCCAGCAACUUCAACACAGAGAGAACAUGAUACAGAUACAGCAGACUGCAAAAAUGCAGGAACUUCAGUUACUGCAGGAAGUAUGCAAUGAGCAGCAACAGCAAAAGAAAGUUCUGAGGGAGAAAAUCCGAGAACUUCAGGAGCUAGAGAAAGAGAGGCAGGUUCAAGAGACUGUACUGAAGAAGAAGUUUCAUGAACUUCACAACCAAGAAAUGGAGAGGUACCUUUGGGAGGGUGUUCUGAAAGAGUCAGCUCUUGAAUGGCAGGAAACAAACAAUGAGAGACAGAGGGAGAAGGAAGAAAUGCUUGAAAGAAUCCAAGAGUUUCAAGAGAGAGCGACUCAGAAACUGACACAAGAGGACCUUCUGAGAGAGGAAAUUCAGACGCUUCUGGAACAGGGAAGAGAGAGAGAAGAAGAGGAAGUCACUGUAAGAGAGACCAUUCAGGAACAUCAUAAUGAAGAAAUAAAACUGAAAGAAAAAAUCCAGGAGUUGCAUAUGCAAGAAAAAGAGAUAUCAACAUGGGAAGUAGUUCUUAUAGAGAAACUUGAUCAUCCAAAUGUUAUGCUGAUGGAUAAGAACAAAGAGCUCAAAGCACCAAAAAUGAAAUUAUGUGAGCUUCAAAACCUGGAGGAAAAGCCCCAUCAAGAAGGUGCUUCUUUAAAGGAAAAAAUUGUUGAACUUCAGAAGACUGGCCCAAACAGACAAGAUCAAGAUGCAGAAGUAACAAAUAGACUCUAUGAGAUUCAACAGCAAGAAUCCAAAGUACAAAGAGAGAAGAUUAAACUGCAAGAGAAAAAUGUAGAAUUACAAAGAGAAGAGUCAGAGAUACAGACUUGGGAUACAGGACUGACAGAGAGUGUCCAAGAACUGCAUGAACACUACAUGAGAUUUAACCAAGAAGAAGUCCUAAAAACAAAAGUGAAUCAGCUUACUGCAACAUUAGAAGAGAAAAACAAUGAGAAUACAUUGCUGCAAAAAAAACUUAAAGAAUAUCAAAUCCUUGAUAAAAAAAGACAAGAGCAGCUACAGGCAUUAUGGGAUGAAGUGUGGCUCUAUCAGGAGAAGGAAGCAGAAAGGAAAAUGAAAGAAACCAUAUUAAAAUCAAAGCUACACCAUCUGGCUUCUGCUGUUAGAGAGAAGGAGGGUGAAAAUGAGCUGCUGGUAGAAAAAAAUCAAGAGCUUCAGAAAGGUAAGACAGAACAAGACAGUGGGAAUGCAAUGCUGAUGCAGAAAGUACAAGAACUUGUGGAACAGGAAGAAAUAAAGCAGAAGUGGGAGGGCAUAAAAAACAAGUCCAUCUGUGAGAUAAAAGAACAAAAAGAACUAGACAAUCUGUUAGAGGAGGCAGUACUAAUGGAUCAAAUCCAAAAACUUCAGAAUCAAGAGUCUAAACUGAGAGAGACAGUAGAUUAUUACAUUUCAAAACUUAAAGACAAAGAAAAAGAGAUUAUUGCACUGCAAGAUAAAAUACAUGAAUUGCUUGAACAGAAAAGGGAGUGGCAAAAAGAGGAAGCAGAUCUUAAUGAGAAAAUUGGUGAACUUGAAAAUAAAGAAAUUCAGAGGCAGUCACAUGAGAUCCAGUUUCUAGACAUACUCCAAGAGUUUCAGCAGCAUGAUCUAGGAAGACAAAAGCAAGAGCUACCACCAAGAGAGAGAAUAAAAGAACUAUGGGAAAGAGACACUAAUAAACUAACUCAAAAAAUGAGACUGUUGAGAUCGGAACAGGAGGCAGUACUGAGUAGCAAAAUCAGAGAGCUUCAGGUGCAGGAAAAACAAAGACAAAAUCAGGAGCUCACAAUGAAGGAGACCAUUUCUAAAAUAAAAAAACAAGAAUCAGAAAGUUUAAUGCAGGAAGCAGCUCUGAGAGAAGAAAUCCAGCAGUAUCACCAAGAAGAAGCAGAAAGACAAAUGGAGGAAGUCAUAAUGAGGGAAACCAUUUCUGAACUAAUGAAAGAAGCAGUUUUAAAGGAGAAAAUCCAACACCUUCAUUAUCAGGAAAGAGAAGGACAGAAACUGCAAACGGAGAUGAAAGAGACAAUUUCAGAUCUAAAACAACAAGAAGCAGAAAGACUGAUGCAAGAAGCAGUUCUGAGAGAGGAACUCCAUCAGCUUCAGCAGCAAGAGAUGGCAAGGCAAAAGGAUGAAGCUGACCUCAAAUGUAGAAUAGACAAUUUAAAUGUAGAGCUGAAGGACAGAGUUAGAGAGAUUCAUAUACUUAAAAUGAAAGUACUGAAACUUCAGGAAGAAAACAGAAUUAGUAUUCAACUGUUGGAGACUCAAAGACUGUCACAAGAAGCAGACGUGAGACAAAAAAUACAAAAAUUACAGCAGCAUGAGGCAGAAAGAAAACAAAACAAAAUCUACCAACUCCUUGAAAAAGACAAAGAGAGCCAAAAGCUUGAAGCAGCACUAAAAAAGAAUCUGAAUAAUUUAAAUUCAGCACUCAUAGGUAGCUUUAGGGAAAACAAUAUGCUAAAAAAGAAAGUGUAUGAGCUUCAGGAAAAAGAGAUGCAGAACCAGAGAGACAAAAUAGCUCUGCAUGGGAAAAUUCAGGAACUGCAGCAGUGUUUGGCAAAUCAACAGAUGCAUGAGUCAAAACUAAGUGAAAUUAUUCAAGUCUAUGAAAGUGAGCAAAAUAUACAGGAAAAACUAGUGACUGAAAAUGUUCAAAAGCUUCAGGAACAGAACAGUGAAAGACAAAAAGAGGAGGCGGCACUAAAAGAGACAAUUAAAAAGCUCCAUCAGAAUGAAAAAGAAGCAAGAAUACAGGAAGAGGCACUAAGAAAGAUUUUUUUAGAAAUGCAAGAACAAGUGAGAGAACAGAAAAUAACUGAGACAGAACUGAGAAAGAAAAUUGCACAACUGCAAGAGCAAGAAACAAACUACCAAGAAAAAGUGGCAGUACUUAAGGAGCAAAUAAGUAAACUACAAGAGCAAGACAGAGAGAGACAGAAACUUGAGACAGUGCUGAGAGAAAAGUGUGAUCAUCUAAAUUCAGCACUAGAGGACAAAGGCAGAGAGAUUGAAAUGCUUCUUGAAAAAAUCUGUAAACUUGAAGAGAGUGACAGAGAGAAACACUCGUGCAAACUGACACUGAAGGAAGAGGUUAGACUGUUGCGGGAGAAAGCAAAUGAAAGGUACUCAAAAGAUGCUGUAAUGAAGAAGAUUGUGAGUAAUUUAAAUUUACUACUGAGGGAAGAGGAGUUAGAGUUUGAAAUUAUGUCACAGAAAGCCAACGAGCUUAAAGAGUCAAAAACAGGAGAGCAAUCAAUAAAGGCAAAAAUGGGGAAAAUAAGGGUAAAAAAUGAAAAACAAACACAGAAAAAGAUCAGCAAUGAAGAAAUGGUGGAGAAAUCUGCAAAUUUUCUCGAGGAAGUAGGAAAUAAAUAUGCUAAUGAGGCAGUAAUCAUAGAGACAAUCCAAAAUUUUCAGGAGAAACGAGAAGAAAGAAAAAUUCAGGAGACAGUGCUGAGAAAGAAAAACAUAAAGAAAAUCCAGGAUAUGCAGGAGCAGAAAAUGGAGAAAAAUACUCAGAUGUCAGAGCUGAGAAAGAAAGCCAGAUAUCUUCUACAGCAGGUGAGAGAAAGACAUGCUAAAGAAGCAGAGAUGAGGGACAGCUUUUGGGCAUCUGUCAAGGCAGACACUGAAACACAAGCACCACAAAAUUUAGUGGGACAGCAUGAGAAUCAUUUGAUUUCAUUAUUGAAGAAAAAAGAUAAAGAAAUUCAAAGGAUGCUAGAGAAAAUCCAAGAACUUAAGGAGCGUUUGAAAGAACAGGCAGAUAAAAGGGCUCUGCAAAAACAUAUCCAAAAGCUUCAGAAGCAGGCAAGAGAAAAACAAACACUUGAAAUGUUAUUAAGGAAGAAAAUAUGUAAAUCUGAAGCAAAGCAAAACAAAGCAGAGACAGUGGAGGUGAUACUGACAGAAACUAUGCUAGAACUUCAGAAACAAGCAAGGGCAGGAGUGAUACAACUGAGUGUUCUGAAGGAUAGUGGGGAAUACCAGUUAUCAGCACUGAUGGAAAUCGGCCAAGAAAUAACAAUACUGGAAAAAGAAAAUCAAAGUAUUCAGAUACAGGAAGAACAGCAGCAAGAGAUCCAAGCACCAUUAGAGCAUUGGCGCAUGGUCCUGCAGCAGAUGGAAGGUGAAGAGAUUGAAGAAAGGCAGAUAGCUCAGGAAGGUACAAUGGAACUGCUGUUAACCACAGACAGUCCUACCUCACAUGGCAGUGAGAUCAGUAACACUGAGAAAGAAAUGAAGAUGGGAGGAACAGGGUAUAACCAAAACUUACUCUCUGGCUGGUUCUCCUAA